AUGCCAAUUUAAAAAAGAGACUAUUAAAAAGUUUAGAAGAGUAAAAGAGAAGCAUUGAUAUUCUUAGUUUUUCAAAAGGGUUACAAAAUCAAAGAAGUAAUUUAUUUCUUUAUUUUAGGCAUCCAAUAAUCUUGAAAUUAAAUAUGCAGUAGCUAAGACAAUUGUAAUUGCUUAUAGGAAAAAAUUUAUUUUAGUAAAGAGAGAGAUAUAGUCAACCAAAAAUUGUUAAUUUAAACUUAGGGAAAAUCAAACAUCAGUUCAUUAAAUAAUAACUAAAAUUGGAGGAGAAUGUGUUAAUGAAAAUUAAAACCUAGUUUGAUA